AUGGAGCAGUAUAGGGAUAAGAAGACUGACUUGCACAUGGUGUUUGUCGACCUUGAGAAGGCUUACGACAAAGUCCCAAGAGAGGUGUUGUGGAGAUGUCUGGAAGCUAGAGGUGUUCCUGUAGCAUACAUUAGAGCGAUUAAGGACAUGUAUGAUGGAGCCAAAACCCGGGUGAGGAUGGUUGGAGAUGACAUUGUGCUUAUUGACGAGUCGCGGAGCGGUGUUAACGCGAGACUGGAGGUUUGGCGACAGACUCUGGAGUCGAAGGGCUUCAAAUUGAGUAAGACUAAGACAGAGUACCUAGAGUGCAAGUUCAGUGAUGGGAGUCAAGUAGAGGACGAGGACGUGCAGCUGGAUACACAGGUCAUCCCGAAGAAAGAAAGUUUCAAGUACCUGGGGUCGAUCAUCCAAGGGACUGGCGAGAUUGACGACGAUGUCACACAUCGUAUUGGAGCGGGGUGGUUGAAAUGGAAGCUCGCAUUGGGGGUGUUGUGUGAUAAGAAGUGUGAGGGAGAUGUAUCUUGA